UGCACGGUUCGUGUCUCCUGGAAAGGAUGCACAAAGCUGAAGCUACAAAAUCUUGGCCCCCUUAUCAUGAGCAUCCAUCUUCGAUUUUCCGGUUUCCAGCCUCGACCACGGGCGAAUAUCGGUGGCUCUUGAGGGCACAGGCAGAGUAGAGCGCCGCCGUUGAGGUCCAGGCUGCCUGCCGAGGCCCGCCGCUCCCUUCCUUUCCCCACACUGGAACUUUUGUCAUGGCCAUCACCGUCGACGUCCGCGGCUGCAUCCAGCUCCUCCGCUCCUGCGGCGCCACCUCCGGCCGGCAGCUCCACCAGCUCCUCCUCAAGUCCGGCCACGUCCCGUUCUCCCUCCCGCCCACCAACUCCGUCCUCCUCAUGUACGCGCGCAGUUCGCCGCUCCACUCCCGCGACGCCCACCUCCUGUUCGACGAAAUACCGACAAAGAACUGCUUCUCCUAUAAUUCCCUCAUCACCUCCCUUUUCAACUCUGGGGACCACCAUGCGGCUCUCCGCAUAUUCCGCUCCAUGCCCGAUAGGAACACCUUCGCAUGGAACACGGUGAUCACAGGUGUCGCGACCGCUGGCGAUCUUGACACGGCCCGCGACCUGCUUGACGAAAUGCCCGUCAAGGACACCCUGGCUUGCAACGCUGUCUUGCAUAGGUAUGUCCGGUGCGGCCAGGUGGAUGAGGCGUUUACUUUGCUCAAGAGGAUUGGUUUGCAAUGCAAUUCUGAAGUGAGCUCCUCACCGUGGAAUGACCCCUUCGUGCUCGCCACAGUUGUUGGCGCUUGUGCUUAUAAGAUGAAGUAUGAUUUUGGCAGGCAGGCUCAUGCUAGAAUGGUGGUUGCCAAGGUUGUAAUCGAUUCGGUAUUGAGUUGUGCAUUGAUUGACAUGUACUGCAAGUGUGGGGAUUUGGAGUCUGCUCGCCGUGUCCAUGAUGGAUUGAAACAUGUUGAUGAGUUCUCGCUGUCUGCCCUGGUCUAUGGUUAUGCUUCUUGUGGACUGUUACACAAGGCGUUAUGCUUUUUUGACAAGGUGGAGAACCCUGGCAUUGCUCUAUGGAAUUCUCUUAUUGGUGGCUGUGUGCCUGCCUGCCACGGAGAUGGUGCUUUUGUUCUUUUUGUAAGGAUGAUGCGGUCAGACACGUUGCCUAAUUCAUCAACUUAUGCUAGUGUUCUGAAUGUGUGUGGUUUUUUAGUCAUGCUGAAGCCUGGGCAGCAGAUGCAUGGGUGUGCUCUAAAGAGUGGGGCUGUCAAUGACAUGAUAGCAGCAAGUGCUCUCAUUGACUUCUACUCAAAAUGCAGCCUCUGGGUGGAUGCCUGCCAAGCAUUUGGCGAGCUUAGGCAUCAUGACACCAUUGUGCUCAACUCAAUGAUCACUAUAUACUCGAACUCUGGGCGAAUAGAUGAGGCCAGAAGAGUUUUUGAUAUGAUCACUAGCAAGAGUGUCAUCUCAUGGAAUUCUAUGAUCGUUGGGUUCAGCCAAAAUGGGCAUGCUCUUGAUGCAAUGGAGUUGUUCUGUGAGAUGCAUCGGCUUGGUUUGCGGCUUGACAAGGUUGCUAUAGCCAGUGUUCUGAGUGCAUCAAGCAGCAUCUGCUCUAUAAGUUUUGGGGAGCAGAUUUUUUCUCUUGCCACUGCUCUUGGCUUGCAGUCUGACCAUGUUGUAGCCUCUUCGCUCAUUGAUCUGUACUGCAAAUGUGGCAACUUGGCCAAUGGAUGCAGGAUCUUCGAUGGAAUUGAUAAUCCAGACGAAGUCCUGUGGAACUCAAUGCUGUUAGGUUAUGCUUCCAAUGGGUAUGGGCCUGAGGCACUGAAACUUCUAAAGUUGAUGCAAAGUAGGGGUAUAAAACCAAGUGAACGAACAUUUGUUGCUGUUCUUUCUGCAUGCUGCCAUUCUGGACUUGUGGAAGAGGGACUGAGAUGGUUCCACCGGAUGCAGGAAGAUUUUGGCUUGAGUCCAUCAGCUGAGCAUUACGCAUGUGUGACUGACCUGUUAGUCCGUGCAGGUUGGCUUGAUGAAGCAGUUGAUUUCAUAGAGAACAUGCCUUUUAAAGCUGAUACUGUCAGUUGGACGUCAGUUAUUGGAGGGUGCAAAGCCCAGGGCAAUGAGGCUCUGAUGCGCAGGGUGGCAAAGAAAUUUAUGGAAAUGGAAGUGUCACCACAUUCCAGUCUGUAUGUGCAGUUGUCGAGCAUGCUCGCAGCUCAAGGGGAUUGGGUCAAAUCUGCAGAAAUUAGGGGUAUAAUGCAUGAAAAAAGAAUUACAAAGAAUCCUGGCUACAGUUGGAUUGACAGUUAGAACUAUUCCUCAAUCAAUUAUUAUUGGACAGAGAUGAAUUGCCAGGGUCACCUCUCACAGGCAUCUCAGACCCCUCCUUGGUCAUUCCCUAUCAGCUUUGGUUUCUUCGAUGGGUAUUUUCCCCUAAUAAAAAAGUGUGACCUACAAGCUAUUCAACUUACAGAGCUAGAGAAGAAAUCUAUGUUAUUGUAUCAUUAGCUACGGGAAAGUAUCCGUAUGGUUUUGUUUCUAUGACUGCUCCUGCCCGUUGGUGUUUCACAGUUUGACAUUCGCUAGCAAGGAAGCCGGUCUUGGUGAUAGUGGGGCAUGCGAUGGUGACUUCCAGGGCCUAUGGAAGGGACAACAGUGAUGCUGGCCUCUAAGCUUGGAGGCCGUGGAAUGGCAGCAUACGAUGGCAGAGGAGCUUGUUGCUCUUGAGCGCACUGGUACGUAGAAUCUUGUUCCUCUUCCCCCACAUGUUUGUACUCUCACAUGCAAGUUGGUUUAUAAGGUUAAAACCCACUCUGAUGGUUUCCUUAAGCGUUACAAGGCUCGUCUUGUCACAUGUGGUAUUCAAUAAGAGCAUGGUCGCGACUAUGAUAAGACUUGCUCCAGUGGCUCACAUGACCAUAGUGCGCACUCUUCUUGCUAUUGCCUCUGUACGUCAGUGGUCUGUCUCCCAACUUGAUGCCAAGAAUAUCUUUCUUAAUGGUGAGUUGCGUGAAGAGGUCUACAUGCACCUACCGUCAAGGUAUUCUAUUCCUGAGAGCAUGGUUUGUCGUCUUCGUCGCUCUCUCUAUGGUCUUAAGCAAGCCCUCAGGUUUAGUUUGAGCGGUUUUCUUUUGUGAUCAUUGCAGUUGAUUUUUCUGCUAGUGAUUAUGAUCCUGCGCUCUUUGUUCACACUUCUCUUGUUGUUAGACUCUUCUCUUGUAUGUUGAUAACAUGAUCAUUACAGGAGAUGGUUCAGAGUAUAUUGCUUUUGUUAAGGCUCGUCUCAAUGAGCAAUUUCUUAUAUCCGAUCUCGGUCUUCUUCACAACUUUCUUGGGAUUAAGAUUUCUUCUACUUCUAAGGGAUUUUUUUCUAUCCAAAGAGAAGUAUAUUCACGAUCUUCUUCAUCGUACUUCUCUCACUAAUGAGCGCACUGUUGAGACUCCUAUGGAGCUUAAUCUUCAGCUUUGGUUCACUGAUGGUGAGCAUCUUGCUGAUCCUACUCACUACCGUCAUCUAGUUGGGAAUUUUGUUUACCUUGGUGUCGCUUGUUCUGACAUUUCUCAUGCAGUGCAUCUCAUAAGUCAGUUUGUUUCUACUCCCACUCAACUCCACUAUAGUCAUCUCAUGCUUGUUUUGCGCUAUCUUCGUAAGAUUAUCUCUCGUCGUCCUUUUUUUUCAUGUUCCAGCUCUUUACAGCUUCGUGCUUAUUCUGAUGCUACUUGGACUAGUGAUCCUUCUGAUCAUCGGUCCAUUUUUACCUACUGUGUUUUUCAUGACAGUUCUCUCAUUGCUUGGAAAACUAAAAAGCAGACCGCAAUUUCUCAUUCUAACGCAGAGACUGAGUUGCGAAUCAUGGCAUUGUUGACAGCAGAGCUUAGUUGGUUACGGUGGUUACUUGAGGAUUUUGGUGUUUCUUCUCCUGUACCUCCUCUUUACUCAGACAGUACAUACGCUAUCGGUAUUGUUCGGGAUUUGGUAAAGCGUGAGCUCAUCAAACAUAUUGGUAUUGAUGCUUCCUACACAUGGACACAGAUACAGGAUGAGGUGAUUGCUCUUCAGUAUAUUCCUUUCGAGCUUCAAUUGGUUGAUUCUUCAUGAAGGCACAGAGUAUAGCUCAGCACAGGUUCUAUCUCUCCAAACUCAAUGUGGUUAAUCCCUCGUGAGUUUGAGGGGGGUGUUAGAUAUAUAUAUUGCUCUGUGUAAUAUCCCUAGACUAUAAGGGGUUUCUUGCAUAUUGUCACCUGUACAUGUGUAUAUAUACUGUCCCAAGGCAUCCAAUAAAUACAAGUUGCUAUUCCUAACAAGAUCUAUAAGGACUCUCCUCUAUUAACAAAGGUUGGUAACAAAUUUAGCAGCAGACAUGGGCAGAGAGGUGUUUGUGGCACCAUCAGUCAGCAUGAAGACUUCCCCUCUUCUGAGAGAUGAAUUCACAUGGAUUUCCAAGGAGUUACAAGCAAAAAAUGUUGUUCCACGGGUGAAUUUAUCCGAAGGAUAACUUAAGUUGUGAUGAAGCAAUGAUGAUUUCUGAAGUUUUCUUGUAAAUUUGUAUGGUCCAAGCCUUUUGGAGGUGAAUUAAUAUCCAUUUUCUUGGCCGAUUCCUGCAGUUUAUGAGCUUUUCAGCAACAGAUUUCAGAAAGCUUGGGUUGGUACAAAGGCUUCACCUCAGCACUUCUUUCAGUCUUCAGCACCUCCAUCCCUUCAUAAACUGCUCAUCUAUACUAUGUGUGAAGGUAGGAAUGCAUCUGGAGGGAUGGUAAUAAUUACUUAUUUCCUAUGGCCUUUGGAAUUGUCGGCAAGGAAUAUGUGAAUAAUUGGAAAUUGUUUCCGCAAAUGCAUGCUGUAUACGACAGUUGGUAAUGGUAUCAAGCAUGGAGGAUGGACUGAAUGCGAGUACCACACGAUCAUUCAUGGUUAGCUCUUGUGUCACCCUUUUUUCAUGUUAGCUGAUGUGUAACGAUUCUAUGUGAUCAUGGUUGAGAAUUAAGGUGGUCGGAGUGUAAAUUGAAACAUUGCUCCUUUUAUGGUUGAGAAACUUGAGUUGGAAGAAAAAAAAAGAUUAGAAGUGUUACAGGUCGUUACAAGUUGGAAUUCCAUUGUGGCAUUAGCCAACGAGUAGACAUAAUGGACUUAGAGAAAGGACUUGUGAAUACUUCAAGUGGGACUUGAGUGGUUUUCCAUGUAAACAUGUUACACUUGCAGUUUUAUUGAGUUUAUCUUGUUCCUGCUUCUA